AUGCCCGAACACAAUGUCUCCGACUCGACAGACUGGCUCACGACGCCUCUCAGUGCCCUUGCCGCUGUCGAGGGCGCAUUGCGAUGUCAAGUUUGCAAGGACUUCUAUAAAACGCCUAUGAUCACGAACUGUUCCCAUACAUUCUGUUCACUUUGCAUUCGAAGAGCACUAUCAAACGACGGCAAAUGUCCGCUUUGUCGUGCAACAGAGCAAGAGAACAAAUUACGAAGCAAUUGGUCAUUAGAAGAGGCUGUACAAGCCUUUGUUGGAGCUAGAUCAGACACUUUGGAGUUGGCGCGAAAAGGCAAUUCCCAAAACACGAUAUCAAAGCGAAAAGCCACAACUGAUCGUCAUGACUCCGGUGAUUCACCAGAUGGAAAACGUCUACGGUCAUCCUCACGAUUACAAAAUACUCGGUCUUCGGCCCGUCAGACACCGCAAAUACAAUAUGAUGAAACUGUCGAAGUCCCAGACAGCGAUGGCGAAGACGACAACGAUGACGACGAAUUCCAACCAGAGCCAGAGGACGGUCUGGUUGCAUGUCCCGUCUGCCAGGAUCGAAUGAAGGACUGGCAGGUCUUUACGCAUCUCGAAUCAUGCACUGGGCCGAAACUGAAACCGCAACGAACUGUGUCCAGUGUUUCCAGCCCAAUAUACAACCAGCAACGACAGCCUACAAAGGCGCCCGACCGACUUCCUACAAUCAAUUACUCCAUGUAUAAAGAGACGGCACUGCGAAAGAAGAUGGCCGAUCUUGGCAUUUCUAAUCAGGGACCCCGCGCUCUACUUGAGCGACGACACAAAGAAUGGAUGACAAUAUGGAACUCAAACUGCGACGCUGCGCAACCUAGGACGCGCCACGACUUACUACGUGAUCUAAACGUUUGGGAAAACACACUAGGAGGACGGGCUCCGACAACAGGGCGGUCUGUUCAAAACGCGGCCAUUAUCAAAGACAAAGACUUUGACGGCGCAGCAUGGGCCGCUAAACAUGACACAUCCUUCAAAGACUUGAUCGCAAAUGCAAGAAAGACAAGGAUUGAGGCAAAGGAGAAGGCCGAGAAAGCGGCCAGAGAGACGGAGAUGGAAGAGGCUGCUAAGGCACAUUCCCAAGCACAGGAGCCAGAGGUUCCCACCCAACGGCUGACUGGGCGAGUAACUGGGAGAAUAUUCCCCACGACAGAGGAAGAAAGUUACCAAGCGCAAGAGCCAGAGGCUUCCACCCAACGGCUGACUGGGCGAGUAACCGGGCGAAUAGUUCCCAAUACAAGGGAACCACCAGGAGAAAACUUCCAAUGA